AUGUCACAACUUAUAAUUCCAGGUGAUAACCUAACCAUAUCUGAUAGCAAAGAACUAGUUAUAGGACCUGGUAUCCACGUUACACCAAUCACAAAAGAGAUAAUACCUGUUCACUCAGGAAUACUUCAACAAGCAAAUAAUGCACUUCAUAUAGAAUCAAAUUCAAGACGUUAUAUACCUUCAAAUAAUGACUAUGUGAUAGGUUUGGUAACUGGUGUUUUUGGUGAUAAUUUCAGAGUUUCAUUAUCGAACUUUUCAUUCCCAGUCUCAUUAUCUGCUAUGGCUUUCCCAAAUGCUACAAAGAAAAAUAGACCAAAUCUCAAAAUCGGUAACCUAAUAUAUGCUAGAGUUUCAAAUGCAAGCCCUGAGGUUGAUGUGGAGAUAGAAUGUAUAGAUCCAACAACAGGUAAAGAUGGUGGGUUUGGUUUAUUAGAAGGUGGUUAUGUUUUUGAUGUUAGUUUAUCAUUUGCAAGAAGUUUAUUAUUUGAUGUCAAUCAUACUUUACUGAAUUUGUUAGUCAAAAAAUGUAAAUUUGAACUUGCCAUUGGGUUAAACGGGAAAAUAUGGAUAAAAGCUGAUGAUUUAAAAUAUACUUUGGCUUUAGCCAAAUCUAUAGAAAAGGCUCAACUUGUUUAUUCUGGUGAAUUCAAUAAGGUGAUUAAUUCAGCUUUUAGUGAACUUGGUUUAUGA